AUGCCGAGCACGAUUUUACCGCCUGUCCGGCACCAUGUCCCUCCCACCAGAACGAAGGAAAAUUUGGAUUACGCAGAUCUAGCUGUUAUCGAUCUGUCGAAAGCGCACACUCCGGAGGGCCGUGCUCUGCUCGCGAUAGAGCUGUGCGACGCUAUAGCCGCACAGGGCUUCUUCUAUGCCAUCAACCAUGGCUACACGCAAGCCCAGAACGACCGCAUGUUCGACAUUGCAAACGUCCCGUUCUCUCUCGCGGACGAGGAGAAGCGGCUCUACACCGGGAAUGUCAAGGAGAGCGGGACGUACCAGGGGUUCAAGCCGCGCCAAUUAUGGCACAUCGAUGGAGGAGUACACGAUCAAGUCGAGCACUAUAACAUCAACCGUGACGUUACUAAGAGGCAGCACCCGAAGGCCAUGCGACCUUUCUUGCCCGAGAUCGAAGCCUUCGCACAGUUCAACCACUACAGUGUAGUCCAUACCAUUCUCAGGUUGCUUGCACUAGGACUUGGCCUUCCUGAAGAUAGUCUCGUAGAUCAGCACAACUUCUCCACCGCGGGGGAGUCUUCCGUCCGCUUCAUGAAUUACUAUCCCCGUACAGGAGACGAAGAAACGAAGACGAACAAUGUCUGGCUCAAAGGGCAUACAGAUAUCGGCAGCAUCACGGUCCUCUGGAGCCAGCCCAUCGCCGGGCUGCAAAUCCUGUCUCCCGACGGAAAAUGGCGCUGGAUCAAGCACAUCGACAAUGCCCUCGUUAUCAACGCGGGCGACGCGCUCGAGCUUCUCUCCGGCGGGGCGUACAAGGCGACGAUCCACCGCGUCGUCCAGCCGCCGCCCGACCAGUGCGCCUGCCCGCGCCUCGGUGUGUUCUAUUUCGCGAUGCCGGACGACGGCGUGCGCCUCGUUCCGCACGCACGCUCCAGUGUCGGUGGUGGAGAGUGUGUGGGCGCGCCGACGAUGGAGGCGUGGCGCAAGGGACGGACGGCUGCAUACGGGCUCGUGCCGUUGCGCCGGCGCGCUGACGGGGUGGAGGAGGAGACGGUCGAGGGUGUCGUGGUGCGGCAUUAUAAUUGA